CUGUGGGUGUGGCCCCGCCCCCCGCAGUCGGACCGGCGCCGCGGAGAGGCCCAGAGGCGGAGGGGAUGAGUUGGAUUCCUUUCAAGAUCGGUCAGCCGAAGAAACAGAUCGUAUCAAAGACUGUGGAGCGAGAUUUUGAGCGGGAAUACGGCAAACUCCAGCAGCUUGAAGAUGAAGUCAAGAAACUGCACAAGGAUAUGAAGAAGAGCAGCGAAGCGGACAUAGCAAUGUCGAAAUCAGCCGUAAAAAUCUCUUCAGACCUUCUCGCUAACCCUUUGUGUGAGCAAGACCCAAUGUUCAUGGAGACAGUGACUGCCCUAGACACAGCAAUGCGCAGGAUGGAUUCCUUCAAUCAAGAAAAGGUCAAUCAGGUUCAGAAAACGGUCAUUGAACCCUUAAAAAAGUUCAGCAACGUUUUCCCGAGCCUCAACAUGGCAGUAAAGCGACGGGAACAGAUCCUGCAGGACUACAAAAGGCUGCAGUCUAAAGUGGAGAAGUACGAGGAGAAGGAGCGGUCUGGCCCUGUCCUUGCCAAACUUCACCAGGCGAGAGAGGAGCUGAAACCAGUCCGUGAGGAUUUUGAAGGUAAAAACAGACAGCUGCUCGAGGAAAUGCCCAAGUUUUACAGGAGUCGAAUCGAUUACUUCCAGCCCAGCUUCGAAGCCUUGAUCCGUGCCCAGGUGGUGUACUAUUCCGAAAUGUCCAAGAUAUUCGGGGACCUGACGGCCAGAUCGAUCAACAGCAAGUGACUGACGAACAUCGGGAGAAAGAAAACGAGGCCAAACUCAAUGACCUGCGAGCGCUCUCCAUUGUAGCAGAUGACUGAGUACUGAAGGGUCAAAUCAAAUCAAACUAGCGUUGAAUGGUGGGGGCAGGAAGCAGGGGCUAGGGGUGGGGGUGGGGGAGAGAAUAGCCACCUAGCUCUAAACUUACACUAAACUCUGAAUAACAAGA